AUGUUUCACGCUGCUGCCGCAAUGCUGAAGAUAGCUGAGUUGGAGUACAACGGUGCGAAUUCCGUGUUUCUUCGCGCCCUUAUUGACAAAAAAUUCGCUCUUCCUUACAAAGCGAUCGAUGCGAUUGUUUCCCACUUCUUGAGAAUGAAAAAUGACGAACGCGAUAUGCCUGUGCUUUGGCAUCAAUGCCUCCUUGCUGUAUGCCAACGGUACAAGAAUGACUUAAGUCAGGAGCAAAAAUCUGCUAUAGUGGACCUGACAAGGUACCAUAGUCACUACCUCAUCUCACCAGAAAUCCGACGUGAGCUUGAGUCGAAAGAGGAAGAAAGCAGUCAUAUGGUCUCAAAGAUCGAGAUCACGUCCCUUCCUUCCAUUUUCAAGAGAAGGCCCACCUCAAAUCCUACCGUAAUCAAACGUAGCGCAGGGACGCAAUUAAGAUAUCGACCUAAGAUUCCGAGUGCUUCAGAUUUGGUGUCAGCGGCUCCCGCGUCUGUGAAACCUUAUUUACAAUUGAUGCGGCUUGAUAAGCCUACUGGAACAUGGUUAUUGUUCUGGCCAUGCACGUGGUCCAUUGGACUUGCUACACCUGCUUGUCAGUUUCCUUCUUUGUACUACCUCACGUUGUUUGGAACUGGAGCUAUAUUGAUGCGCAGCGCAGGUUGUGUUAUAAACGAUCUGUUUGACAAGGAUUUUGACAGGCAGGUAGAGCGCACCAAACUUCGUCCACUAGCUUGCGGAUCUCUGAAUGAUCGUCAGGCCAUUUCAUUGCUAGCAGCCCUUCUGUCUGCCUCUUUUGCUGUUCUUUUGCAGUUGAACUGGUUCAGUGUUGCUGUCGGUUCGGCGUCAACUGUUCUUGUAGUAUCGUAUCCACUAGCUAAACGAUUCACAUACUGGCCGCAGUUCGUCCUUGGAGCAACACUCAACUGGGGUGUAUUGAUUGCAUGGGCUGAGAUGUUGCCUCAGGACAAAUUUUACACUGUAUUUCCUCUCUACUUCUCAACCGUUCUUCAUACUGAAGAAAUGGAUGGAAUCACCCUUCUCUCCAUAAUCUACGAUCCCGUAUACGAAUAUUCCACCUGGAAUCCGUACCAUGUCAGAUUCGUGGGAUCACCGAAGGCUAUCGAUGAGGACCUUAUCGAUGAGGGACUCACGUUCAACUGGGGUGCACUUCUGGGCUGGUCGGCCAUAGAGGGGUCACUCAGCUCAGCAUCGAUUGCUCUCUACUUAGCUGCCAUUCAGUGGACUCUGCUCUACGAUACAAUAUACGCACAUCAGGAUAAAGCAGAUGAUAUAAUGAUAGGCGUGAAGUCCACAGCACUUCGUUUUGGAGAGAACACUAAGCUUUGGUUGGGUGGAUUUGGCUGCGCUGCAAUUGCUGGUCUAGGUCUUGCUGGAUAUUUAGCAGAGCAAACAUGGCCCUAUUACGUUGCUUUGGCAGCUACUUCGGCGCAUCUCGGAUGGCAAGUCGGUACCGUUAAAAUUAAUGAUGGAAAUGACUGCUGGAAGAAAUUCAAAUCUAAUCAGUGGUUUGGCGUCAUUUUAUUCACGGGCAUCGUCAUCGGGACACUUAUGAAAGAACGAAGAAACGAGGAUGUGAAAAAGGACAGUGGCAGCGAUAAAUGUUAA